GAUGACGCAUUGGUAUUUGGUAGCACCAAUUUCUCUUUGUCAUAAAUUAUAACGGUAUAAGCAGACACAAGGCACAACUGCGCAGCACUCCCUCACCCUCGAGCUGUCUCCGUCACUUCCGUCCAGUCGCUGGACUGCUCCCGCCGCUGUCGCAAGUUGGAGCAUCGAAGAUUACAGUCACGAUCGUGCAGCUCUCCACCAUCGUCGCCGUUUCAGCUCUGGAAGCAGCGUCGCCGGACUCGCCUCCUGUCUCCGUCGCGCACCUCUGUUCCACCAUCGCCGGCGUCAGCUCGGUUGCACCGUGAAGCACAGUCGCCGAGAUCGCCUCCUGCCUCCGUGGCGAACUCUGUUCCACUGGCCAGCGCUACUCCCCCUGGGUCUGCUCUGCUCUGUUUUGUUCUGUUCUAUACUUCUAGCUUCUAGCUUCUAUAAUUUCUGAGUUAAUAUUGAGUUAAUCUGAAGUUAGGUUAAUCUGAUUCCGAUUAUGAAUUUCUGGUUUUGCAAUUUAUAUAUUAAUUUCUAGAAAUUGAGAAGUACCUAAUCCCCCUUUGACUAUUUCUCAUGAUUGUGGAUAUUUCUUAUAUAUAUAUAUCAGUAUAAAGCUUAGAAGAAGGAUAGAAAGAGAAUAUAACUGAAUUGGUUAAUGACUUAGACUCUAAUCUACUACCUUGCUUCCAGUUCCUUUAUUCUUUGAUCUGUUUCACUAGACCAAACAGUUUUAACUAAUAUCAUAUUCAUAUUGAAGUAGUGUUAUUUGAAUAGUUUGGAGAGCUCAGUUUUAAUUUAUAAUUUAUAAUUUAUAUUUUUGGGUUAGAUUAAUGAGAUUCUGAUUCAUGAUUUAUAUUUUGGAUUAAUGUGAUUUUGAUUCAUGAUUUAUAUUUCAUGAUUUAUAGAAUGUCUUCUUCGGAUGCAUUGAGUAAUACUCUUGAAAAGAGUACUCCAUCCGAAGAGUAAUUCUGAUUUUUAUUUGCAUGACUUAUGCUUGUGAUUUUUAUUACUGACUUUGAUUUUGAAGGAUUUGUAAUGCUGAGUUAUUGAGUCUGGUUCUAUGAUUCUGAAAUCUUUAUAAUUUUACUUUGAUUUUGAUUUUCUGAUGUUAAAUUGUUGAUUCUGGUUCCUAUGAUUCUGAAAUUUUUAUUACUGACUUUGAUUUUGAAAGAUUUGUAAUGCUGAGUUAUUGAGUCUGGUUCUAUGAUUCUGAAAUCUUUAUAAUUUUACUUUGAUUUUGAUUUUCUGAUGUUAAAUUGUUGAUUCUGAUUCCUAUGAUUCUGAAAUUUUUAUUACUGACUUUGAUUUUGAGAGAUUUGUAAUGCUGAGUUAUUGAGUCUGGUUCUAUUAUUCUGAAAUCUUUAUAAUUUUACUUUGAUUUUGAUUUUCUGAUGUUAAAUUGUUGAUUCUGAAUUUCUGAUUGCUAUGAUUCUGAAAUUUUUAUUACUAACUUUGAUUUUGAAAGAUUUGUAAUGCUGAGUUAUUGAGUCUGGUUCUAUGAUUCUAAAAUCUUUAUAAUUUUGAGAUGAUGAACUUGGACAGGAGAAUUAUGGAAUUAGCCCUCUCUAGUUGCUUGUUGAGGACCAUUGUAUUUUGAUUGACUUCAUUUAGUAAUUUUGUUCAGGUUCACUGUUCCUUUCAAUUUGAAUUUUUUUGGUGACUACCUUUCAAUUUGAAUUAAUUCUUCUAAAAUAAUUUUGUUAAUUUUUGGUGGUACUUAUUAGUUUUGUUGAUUGUUAAUUCUUGAUUUAAUUUAAUUUUGGAAAUGGGUAAGCGGAGGAGAUGGAAUAAAGCUGAAGUGGAUGCCCUAAUUGCGGGCGUGGAAAAACAUGGGUCUGGAGACUGGAUGACGAUUCUGAAUGAUCCUGAAUUUGCCCCCAUUCUGAGUUUGCGGAACAACGUCAGCCUCAAGGAUAAGUGGAGAAACCUUAGCAAUGAUGCUCAAGGGUCCACAAGUGGAAAGCCCUCUGAACUAGAGGCACUGCGAGCUGAACUAAAAUGCCUUCGUGAGGAGUUAAAACAAAUCAAAGAUGAACGUGCUUGUCUACAGAAGCAAGUAAAGGAUUUAACAGAAGAAGCAGCAAAGUACAAAGAAUUGAAGAGUUUGCUAAGAAUGUAUCUUAAUGGAUGAAGCCAAUAGGGGGACGGAUUUACUCAGCACUUGCCCCCAGUGAAUUUGGAAAAAUUAAUUAGUAGUUCUUAGUGAAUUGUCUAAUUUGCCCCCACCAUCUAAUUCAUUUUGACCCUACUGCCCACCCUCCAAAUCCCUAAUCAGCUAACCCUCCUUCCCUUUUUCAAUUUUGUUCUUCUGCUCCAGCCUCCAACCUCGGCUUGACCGCUUCCAGACUCCAGCCCUCAGUUACUGUCGUGUCGUCUGCCGCCACUCGCCCACUCCGUUCAGUCUUUCUCCCGCGUCGGCUCCGUCGGUUUCUCGUUGCAUCGCAGCGUGCCCGCGUCUGGUUCUGGCGCUGCGUUCCUUCAGUGUCUGGUGUAUGGUGAGGUCUUCUUCUUCUUCUUCUUCCUUGGUCUUCACAGCUGCAAGCCUUAAAUCCUCGUCUGGUUCUGUCUUCCCGUUCCUUCGGCGUGUAGAUCUGGUUCUGUCUUCAGCAGUUCAGGGUGUGCAGGGUGUCGCUGGUUCUGCCGCUGGGUGCCGCCGUGCCGCUGGUUCUGCCGCUGGUUCUGUCGCUGGGUGUCUGGGUCCUAGGUGCCGCUGGUUCUGCCGUUGGGUACCCUGCUUCAUUCAGUUUUUAUUCUCAUUUGCUGCAUUGUUAUUAAGUUGAUAUAGUUCAUUAACUCAUUCAAUUUGAUAUAGUUGAUUAAUUUGUUUUGAUGUGAUUGAGUUUAUUCUGAUGUAAAUCAUGUAAUUGUGUUCUGAUAGACUGAUAGAGUUCUAAUAUAAUUGUUGGUUACUUUGUUAAUUAACAAUUGUGUUCUGAUGGAAUUUUAAUGGAGUUAUGAUGUAAUUGUGUUCUGAUGGAAGAAUUGUUCUGAUGUAAUUGUGUUCUGAUGUAAUUGGCUUGACAUUUUCCUAUAGUAGAAGAAUUAUUUCGAAAAUAAAAAAACACAGAUCUAGGGAUUUAUGAUAUGAAUAAGAAUGAGAGGGGAAUCAGGGGAUUAUGAUAUGAAUGUUAGAAGGGAUGAUGAUUUAGAAGUUUACAGUACAUAGCUUUCAGUUUCUAUAGCAAGUAUUUUAAAGUACUUUCUGAUCAUUCAUUUCUAGCUUCCAAAGCAUGAACUCUAUACAUCAAAGCUCUGCCAUCUACAAUUG